AUGAUCAUUGAGAUCAUCAAUGACUGUGAGCUGGCGUUCCAAUUGGACGGUGAUUGGCUCAAAGCCGGCGACUUCAAGUCCGAGAAAUCGGCCUUGAUCCCACCGCUGGCGCAGACUACGGUGGAGAUCGCACCUUCGGCCGUGGAAGGUGUGUCUGGAGUUGCCUGGUGGGUUGAUGUGACGGGGCACAGUGUGUACCUGUCCAUGGCAAUGUCCAAGCCUCGCAUCGGGAAGAAUACCUUUUCGUGCUACGCCGGAUUGCCUCCACCGAACCUGAAGACGAUACUCUCCAAAGCCCCCAAGCUGGAGUCGGCCACAACGGAGGCCAGUUUUCCGGGUCAAGGCCCUGGCUGCGAAUGGGUGGCCACAAAACAGGGUGUACGAGUCAGGAUCUUCUCCGAGCUGGACGAGUUCGUGCCCCCCACAGCUAGUGACCUGUCCCCAAAGGAGAACGCACUUUCCUCGGUUUUGACACCACACACUAUCCGGUGUCAUGACUUGAUCACCGCUCACUGCGAGGAGCAGUCAGAGACAGAAGGAGCGGAAGGAGCGGAAGGAGCAGAAGGAGCGGAAGGAGAAGUCGAACACGUGCCUUCGACGUCUUCGACCGCUCUGGCGAUACCAGGCCAGGCUUUCUGGAACCCACCCCUAGAGAUGGCCUCCACCCUACUAGCGAUGGCCUCCAACCUACUAGCCCCAGAGCUGCUACCAUUCGGCAUGGAUCUUUGUGUGGACAAGUGGGGCCUCACGCCCGAAGAGCCAUUUCUAGUUCAUCCCGCGUCAACGCCAUAUGUUGCAUCGACCACAUCCCAAGACUCUCCUGAAAGAGUUAGGGAAAGAGGUUCUUGGAGUCUCUCGCACCUGUAG